AUGAAUUCUUUCUUCAUUAAUUUCUGUUUAUCUGUCUCUCUCUCUCUCUCUCUCACACAUUUAUUCUCUCUUCUUCAGUUUCUACUCUUUCUCUUGCACUAUCUUUUUUAUUAUAAAUUCUCUUCUUGUCCUCUUUUCAAUUUCUUUUUCUUCUCUCUCUCUGGCUCUUUUGUUUCUUCUGUCUCUCUUUUGAUUUCCUUCUCUUUUCUUGCACUAUCUUUUGUCAUUGGUUUCUUCUGUCUCUUUUUCUUUAUAAUUUCUACCUUCUUCUUCUUUUUUUCUCUUCUUAGAAAUAUAAUACUCUUUUUAUUUCUUUUCUCUUCUUCAGCUUUUGUUUCUUCUGUUCCUUUUGAUCUUUGUUUCUUCUGUCUCUCUUUUGAUGUAUUUUUUCAUCUAAUUCUCUUCCUUUUCUCUCCUAAUAUAUUCUCUCUUCUUCAGUUCCUUCUCUUUCUCUUGCACUAUCUUUUGACUUUUAAAAAACCUCUCAUUGGUUUCUUCUGUCUCUUUUCACUUUAUAAUUUCUACCUUCUUCAUUCUCUCUUUUUCUUCUUAGAAAUAUAUAGUCACUCUUUUCAAUUUCUUUUUCUCUCUCUCUGGCUAGCUUUUUUCUUCUGUCUCUCUUUUGAUGUAUUUUUUCAUCUAAUUCUCUUCCUUUUCUCUCCUAAUAUAUUCUCUCUUCUUCAGUUCCCUCUUUCUCUUGCACUAUCUUUUUUGACUUUUAAAAACCUCUCAUUGGUUUCUUCUAAAUAUAUAGUCACUCUUUUCAAUUUCUUUUCUCUCUCUCUCUGGCUAGCUUUGUUUUCUUCUGUCUCUCUUUUGAUGUAUUUUUCAUCUAAUUCUCUUCCUUUUUCUCCUAAUAUAUUCUCUCUUCUUCAGUUCCUUCUCUUUCUCUUGCACUAUCUUUUGACUUUUAAAAACCUCUCAUUGGUUUCUUCUGUCUCUCUUUCACUUUAUAAUUUCUACCUUCUUCAUUCUCUCUUUUUUCUCUUCUUAGAAAUAUAUAGUCACUCUUUUCAAUUUCUUUUUUCUCUCUCUCUGGCUAGCUUUGUUUCUUCUGUCUCUCUUUUGAUGUAUUUUUCAUCUAAUUCUCUUCCUUUUCUCCUAAUAUAUCUCUCUUCUUCAGUUCCUUCUCUUUCUCUUGCACUAUCUUUUGACUUUUAA